AUGAAACGGCCUUCAACGCCAGUACGUCGUCGCCUACGCUCCGGCAGGGAGUCUACCGUUCUUUCCAAGAGCGUGGACAUUGAUGAGCAGCGCACUCCGAGACCGUCAGAUUUUCAACGGACCUCCAGUAGUCCGACCAUCGGCCGUCACAGGGUCCAGCGUCAGCGUAGACUCUUCGAGAUUAGCAGUAGCACGCCUACCUCCCUGAACAUCUCUACUUCGGUUUUUCGUAAUACCCCACACCGACCAAUUCGUCGCGCGAGUUCCGGUGGAGGUGUUUUACACACUCGUGCCCUGCACAGAACGUCGUCUCCUCUACCUAUUACCGUUCCAACAACUGCCCAAACGUCUUUGACGAGAAUGGCCUCUCCUACGAGUGCGUCGUCGAAAGACAUUGCAGAUAUCUCUGGUCAGAAUGAUUUGGAUUUAAUUGAGCAGGUUCAUGAGUUACAGAAUAGGGUUGCAACCUUGGAACAUGAGAAUUCUCUCUUGUCUCUUCAGCUUACAGCUGACAAAGAUGAGAAAGAUCCCCUCUCUUCCAGCCAGCAAGAUUCUUCAGUUUACAAAGAAGAUUAUAAUUAUUUUAAGCACAAGAUUUCCGAGCUUGAGACCUCAAACGUUGAGAAGCAGACUGAACUUGAGUCCAUAUCUCGAAAACUACUUGAUGCUACCGAAGACUCCAAUGAGAAGCAAAAACUGUACUGUGACUCGCAAAAGCGCAUCGAUGAUGUCGCUAAGCAAUUUGAGCAGAACGUACAGCUUUGA